UUUGGGACCCUUAGAAGGCUGCUCGUCCAAUGCUUGUUUUCCAGAAAAUCCAGAUUGAACGGAGAGGAAACGGUUAACAGAAAGUGUGUUCUCAGCUUUCAGCUCAACGUAUGUCGACAGUUCCUGGCCCUGAGUAAAAUCCUCCCUUGGCUGGUGGUCCAUCCAGUUGACUUUCUAUAGCAGUGAUUGUGGGUUAAAGGGUAACCUCUGUUCUUGGGAGCACCCUAGGACAGGACAUUUGUCACCAUGAGUGCUGCCCCAGAAGUCAAGAGUCGUGGGAUGAAGUUUGCUGAGGAGCAGCUGCUAAAGCAUGGAUGGACGCAAGGCAAAGGCCUGGGCCGGAAGGAGAAUGGGAUCACCCAGGCACUCAAGGUCACACUGAAGCAAGAUACUCAUGGGGUAGGACAUGACCCUGCUAAGGAGUUCACUGAUCAUUGGUGGAGUGACCUCUUCAACAGGACAGCAGCCAGCAUGGUGGUAGAGACGAAUCAGGAUGGAGUCCAGAUAAGACGCGUAUCAAAGGAGACUUCCCGCCAUAACCAUCCCAAGCCCAAUGCACUAUAUCAGAAGUUUGUGAAGGUGGCCACACUAACUUCAAGUGGGGAGAAGCCAGUGCAGGACUUGGAGCACUACAGUGAGGACAACAGCUCUGGGACUGAGCCUCCAAAGAUUCUGACUGAUGAGAUGCUUCUACAGGCCUGCGAGGGACGAACAGCACACAAGGCUGCCCGGCUGGGGAUCACCAUGAAGGCUAAGCUUGCUCGGCUAGAGGCCCAGGAGCAGGCCUUCCUGGCUCAUCUCCAAGGUCAGGACCCUGGGUCCCUGUCACUUAAGCCUGAAAGCAAGGCCCCAAAAAAGAAGAAAAAGAAAAGGAAGGAGAAAGAGGAGAAAGAGGUGGCAGUCCCUGAAGAGCAGGUACAAGCGGAGCACCCAAGCUGUCCUGAGCAGAGCACCAGGAAAAGUAAAAAGAAAAAACGCCAACAGAGGGACAGAGAGGAGUCAGAAGGAACCACUGCAUACUUUGAGGAGGUGGUGGCAGCAGCAGCAGCAGGAUCUGACCUUGGGGAACCACAGAGCAGAGAACAGCCCUGUAGGAAAAGGAAGAGGCAGCACCACAGUGAAGAGGCAGAUGAGGGGAGCAUCUUAGAAAAAGGGCGUGAGGCUGCCUGCGACCUGGAGAGCCAAGCUCACAAGGACUCACUGGGCAGGAGCAAGAAGAAGCAGCUUCCAGCGGAGCUAAAGGAUCUAGACAGAGAGGCUGGCACAGCCAUCGGUGUCAGAAAGCACAAAAGCAAAAAGAAAAGGCAGCGUUGUCCAGAGAAGUGUGAUGUUGUUGUCCUAAGGGGGGAGGAGGAGGAGGAGAUGGAGAUGGAGGACAACAGAACUCAGGAUGGAGAGCUCAUAGUACACACUGGCAAGAAUCGCAAAGACAAAAAACAGCGGCAGUCAUCAGCUGAGGAAAGAACCAUAGAUGGCACAGAUCAGAAAGCAAAAAAGAAGAAACACAAGAAAAGAGACUGAAUAGCUGGAGGGAUAGGAUAGUGGGUAACGUAUUUUGCCUUGCACACAGCUGGCCUUGGGUUCAACCUGGCAGCCCAAGAUGGUCCUGUGAGUACUGUCAGAAAUUAUUCCUGAGUGCAGAGCCAGGAGUAGCCCCUGAGUAUUAUUGAAUGUGCCAAAAACAACCCAAAAAAAAUCAAAGAAACUGAAGUCAGGCAGGGAUGGGACUUGAUAAGAGUUCCACCCAGGAGUUGAGCCUCAGACACUUUAGUCCUCAGAGGGCCUUUGACCUUC